CCCUCUUUCGAUUCUCUUCAUUUCUCUUUCUCUCUCUAGACACUCCCUCCGUGUCAUGGAGCCCCAGACGAAGCGCCCUCUCCAGAGCAGCAGCGCCGCCAACGUGGCCGCCGCAGCAGCGGGGAAGACCAUCGAAGAAGUCUACCAGAAGAAGACGCAGCUGGAGCACAUCCUGCUCCGACCUGACACCUACGUGGGGUCCAUCGAGAAGCACACGCAGACGCUGUGGGUCUACGAGAAUGACGAGAUGGUGCAGCGCCCCGUGUCCUACGUCCCUGGCCUCUACAAGAUCUUCGACGAGAUCCUCGUCAACGCCGCAGACAACAAGCAGCGAGAUCCCUCCAUGGAUGCCCUCAAGGUCACCAUCGACGCGGAGCAGAACACCGUCUCCGUCUUCAACAACGGCGAUGGCGUACCCGUCGAGAUCCACCAGGAGGAGAAAGUCUACGUCCCUGAACUCAUCUUCGGCCACUUGCUCACUAGCAGCAACUACGACGACAACGUCAAGAAGACCACCGGUGGACGCAACGGUUACGGCGCCAAGCUCACCAACAUCUUCUCCACCGAGUUCGUCAUCGAAACCGCCGACGGAAAGCGCCAGAAGAAAUAUAAGCAGGUUUUCUCCAACAACAUGGGGAAGAAGUCUGAGCCGGUGAUAACAAAAUGCAAGGCUGGUGAGAAUUGGACCAAGGUAACCUUCAAGCCUGACUUGGCAAAGUUUAAGAUGGACCAUCUUGAAGAAGACGUUGUGGCUUUGAUGAAAAAGAGGGUGCUGGACAUGGCUGGGUGCCUUGGUAAGACAGUUAAGGUUGAACUAAACGGACAGGUGAUCCGCAUGAAAUCAUUUCGCGACUAUGCUGAUCUUUACCUCAAAUCAGCAGAGAAAUCCAAACCAGUGCCACUUCCAAGGAUUCAUGCAAAAGUAGGUGAAAGGUGGGAGAUUUGCGUGAGUCUAAGUGAUGGCCAGUUUCAGCAGGUCAGCUUUGUUAACUCCAUUGCUACAAUCAAGGGCGGAACUCAUGUUGAUUAUAUCACCAAUCAGAUAACAAACUUUGUGAUGAAUAAAGUAAAUAAGAAGAAGAAGGAUGCCAGUGUCAAAGCUCAUAACGUGAAGAAUCAUUUGUGGGUGUUUGUCAAUGCACUUAUUGACAAUCCUGCCUUUGAUUCUCAAACUAAGGAAACUCUCACAACUAGACAGGCUAGUUUUGGUUCUAAAUGUGAUGUUCCAGACUCAAUGCUGAAGGAAGUCGGAAAUUCUGGAAUAGUGGACACCCUUCUAUCAUGGGCAGAUUUUAAGCAAAGCAAAGAUCUCAAGAAAUCUGAUGGGACAAAGACUCAGAGGCUUCGAGGAAUUGUGAAGCUAGAAGAUGCGAAUGAUGCAGGUGGCAGGAACUCAGAGAAGUGUACCUUGAUAUUGACCGAGGGAGAUUCUGCCAAGGCCCUUGCUAUGGCUGGCCUCUCUGUUGUGGGCCGAGACCAUUAUGGGGUGUUUCCUUUGAGGGGUAAGUUACUCAAUGUUCGGGAAGCCAGCAGUAAACAGAUAAUGGAUAAUGAAGAAAUUCAAAAUAUAAAGAAGAUUCUCGGACUGCAGCAAAACAAAGAGUACACAAACGUGAAGUCUUUGAGAUAUGGUCAUUUGAUGAUUAUGGCGGAUCAGGAUCAUGAUGGUUCUCACAUCAAAGGGUUACUGAUAAACUUCAUUCAUUCGUUCUGGCCAUCAUUGCUAAAAGUUCCAACUUUUAUGGUUGAGUUUACCACUCCCAUAAUAAGGGCUUUUCAUUCAAAUGGAACAAAAUUAUCUUUUUAUUCCAUGCCUGAGUAUGAAUCGUGGAGGGAAAGGUUGGGGAAUGCAAGUGGUUGGAAGAUAAAGUACUAUAAGGGUUUGGGUACAAGUACUCCCCAAGAAGGUCGAGAGUACUUUGGAGAUCUUGGUAAGCAUAAAAAGGAUUUUGUUUGGGAUGAUGAGCAAGAUGGAAGUGCAAUUGAGAUGGCAUUCAGUAAGAAAAAGGCUGAAGACAGGAAGACUUGGAUCCGUAAUUUUGAGCCUGGCACUUUUCGGGAUCAUUCAGCCAGAUAUAUAAACUACAGGGAUUUUGUUAACAAAGAGCUUAUAUUGUUCUCUAGAGCGGAUCUUCAAAGGUCUAUUCCGUCAAUGGUUGAUGGCCUCAAGCCUGGUCAAAGGAAGAUUCUGUUCUGCUCAUUUAAGAAGAAAUUGUUCAAAGAAAUAAAAGUAGCCCAGUUUAUUGGUUAUGUGUCUGAGCAUUCUGCUUACCAUCAUGGUGAGCAAAGUUUAUCUAGCACAAUUAUCAAUAUGGCACAAGAUUUUGUGGGUAGCAACAACGUCAAUCUUCUUAAACCAAAUGGUCAAUUUGGUACUCGUAACCUGGGAGGCAAAGAUCAUGCUAGUGCCAGAUACAUUUACACUGAACUAAAUAGUAUUACGCGGUGCAUCUUUCAUGAAGAUGAUGACAAGCUUCUUGAAUACUUGAGUGAGGAUGGGAAGUCAAUUGAGCCCAACUGGUACAUGCCGGUUAUACCGUUGGUUCUUGUCAAUGGUAGUGAGGGAAUUGGGACAGGCUGGAGUUCUUUCAUUCCCAAUUAUAAUCCAAGGGAAAUAAUUGCAAACAUUAGGCGUUUGUUGAAUGGGGAGACGCUGGUGCCAAUGAAUCCAUGGUACAAAGGAUUCAGAGGGACAAUUGAGAGAAGCCCAAAGGAAGGUGGAUACCUAGUGAAUGGUUUAGUGGAAGAAAUAGAUGAACAAACUUUCAGAAUCUGUGAGCUGCCAAUUCGUAAAUGGACCCAAGAUUACAAGCAGUUCCUUGAGUCUAUAAUUGAUGGGUCUCCUAAUGUGAAGGAUCCUUUAAUUGAUGAUUUCCGACAGAACGGUGAUGAUGCAAUUGUAGACAUAGAAGUCAGGAUGAAGCUAGACAAAAUAGCGGGCAUCAUGCAAGACGGUCUGCUUAAGAAGUUUAAACUAUCCACCUCUUUAAGCACAAACAACAUGCAUCUCUUUGACGCAGAAGGGAAAAUUAAGAAAUAUGACAGUCCCGAAGAAAUUCUCGAAGAGUUCUUCCCACUUCGGCUUGAUUAUUACGAAAGAAGAAAGAAUUACAUACUAAACAACCUUGAACGACUUUUGCUGGUGUUGGACAACAAAGUUAGGUUUAUAUUAGGGGUUGUGAGUGGAGAAAUUAUUGUGAACAACAGGAAGAAUGCGGAUUUGGUGAUAGAGCUGCAGCAGAAAGGUUUCACUCCAAUGCCAAGGAAAGGUAAAUCUGCAGAACCUGUAGUUGCUGGGGCCAAUGAUGAGGAAGAGCAGGAAGAUGACAACUCUACGGAACAGGAAACAGGAAAUCUUGAAGCAGCAAAACGAGGCGACUAUGAGUAUUUGUUAGCCAUGUCUAUUCGGACUUUGACCUUUGAAAGUGUUCAGAAGCUUCUAGCAGAGAAAGCUGAAAAGGAAAAGGAGUUCGAGAUUUUGAAAGCAACACCAUCAAAGUCUAUGUGGUUGAGGGAUCUAGAUGAGCUCGAAAAGAAACUUGAUGAAAUAGAUAGCAAAGAGGCAGAGGAAGAACGAAAACGAUCAAGUCAGGCAACUAGGAAGGCAUCCAAUCGUGGUGUUCCAGCAGCAACAAAAGCAGCUAAGAAGCCACCUCAACCACGGAAAUAUACUAAGAAGGCCAAGAAUGUCGAGCCAGAUAAUGAUAAUUCUUCAAUGGAAGUCGAGAAUGUUGACGAAGUUACUAAACCAAAAGGCAGAGCAGCAGGUUCUUCGAAUACUCAGACGGUUGGGGAUGAUGAAAUUUUAUCACUUCAAGAACGGCUAGCCGCAUAUAACUUUGCCGCAUCUAGUGAUCAAUCAACAGGCAUGGAAACCGAAGAGCCUCCUGCGCCUGCUGGGAAGACAGCGCCAAAAAGAAGGGGUCCUGCUGCAAAAAAGAAGUCAAGUACCGUAGUGUUGGAUGAGACAGAUAGUGAUCAUGAUAAUGAUGUUACAGCUGACGAUGACUUUGAAAUCAUGCAGCCGUCCACAGGAGCAGGAAAAAAGAAAGCAGGGAGAAAACCUGCUGCUCAAAAUGCGAAAAAGGAACCUGCUGCUACCAGGAAGAGGAACGUAGGUGGCAAGCAAGCUCAGUUGUUGGGUCAAAAGCUCAUAACCGAUAUGAUGGAGAAAACAGGGAUAUCACCUGAGAAGAAAGUGAGGAAGAUGAGGGCUUCUCCAUUUAACAAGAAAAGCAGUUCCGUGUUGGGCAGGGUUGCUGCUGCUGCUGAUAAAGAAGAAAGUGUAAGUGAGAGCUUGUCUGGUGGUUCUGCUGGUUCAAACCCUUCUCCAAGCACCUCACCGGAGGAGGAGGUGGUUGAGGUUGCGCCAACCUCAGCAAGAGCUAGACCUCAAAGGGCCAAUCGUAAGCCAAUGACGUACGUACUAAGUUCUGAAAGUGACAAUGAUUCUGAUCAAAAUGAAGAGUAUUCUGAUUUUGAGGAAGACGAAGACUAGGCCUUGGUGUGUUGUGCUUUUAUUAACAAUUUGGAAGAAACGUUGAUCUGCGUCUUGUGGAUUUUUAACUUCCUUAGUGAAUAAUUGUGAACUUAACUUUUUUAUUUCAUGAAUGGAAUAGAUUUGUAAUUAUGUGUAAGAUUUUCGAUUUAGAAGAGUUUUAUGAUGA